AUGUUUUGUCUACUUAUUGACGAUCAGGUAGCGUCAACCACAACCAUCUCUAGACCACACAACAUACAAUUGAACGGGAUGUUUUAUGUUGGUGGCGUGCCUAAAGAAUUGCAUAAACGUCAGUCAAAGCACAUACACUCGAGACACGGGUUUGAGGGAUGCAUGUCCGGAUUGGAAUACAAUGGCGAAUCUCCGGACAUGGUAGAGAAUGCCACCAUACCCAGCACACUCAUCACCGUUGGUUGCGACGGACUUAGCAAAAUGUGCACGCAAGACAUGUGUGACAACCACGGAACGUGCGUGGAACAGUGGAAUUCGUAUUCGUGCGAUUGCGACAUGACAGCAUUUGUUGGACCGACAUGUUCUGAACCGUCUAUUUCUUAUGAUUUUGGCCCUGAUGGGGGUCUUGUGACAUAUGCGUUCCCCGAUGGACGCCAACCAGAUAUGCAAAACGACCUAUUGGCUUUGGGUUUCAUCACGUCCAAGUCCAGCGGUGUGCUGUUCCGCGUAGAAAGUGGCACUUCUGGUGAUUACCUACAGCUUGAAAUGGUGAAUGGACAUAUUGUAGUAGUUUACAACGUUGGAACUAAUGACCAUCCUAUCGGUGAGGCAAAUGUCAUAGUGAACGACAAUUCCUAUCAUUUGGUCAGAUUUGUAAGGUCGGGGCCAAACUCGACUUUGCAAGUGGACGAUAAUAGUAUGCAAACUCUGUACCCUUCAGGACACCAACUCAGUGUGUUCAAUAGACAGUCAACAAUUCAAGUUGGUGGUAGGUGGAAUAAAACUAAACAACGUAUUGAAGACGCGUUCGAAGGAGUUAUGGUGGGUUUGGUCUUCAAUGGCCUCAGGGUGUUUGACUUGACGGCCAACAGAGAUCCAAGGACAACCAGCAAAGGAGAUGCUCAACAGUUGUCAUCGAUUUUGGACAGGCUGAACGAACACUCUCUGCUGGAUACCAUGCAACAGACACCAGCAUCGGGGGUAAUGGACGACUUAGUAUACUCUGGAGCAGGAUCUGGUUGUAACCACGACGAUGAAGACCAGUGUACUGUAACAUUUGAUGUUGGGUCUGGAGAUGACUUGAUUACACCCGUAUAUGUACCUCCAACAGUUGUACCACCUCCAUCAUUAGUAACUGAAGUCCCUGGAGCGUGUGAUGACGAAGAAACCGAUUGUAUUACGGGUUCUGGAUUUGGCCCAACGUCUUCUACUGACGAUUCAGCCACUACUAUUAAAAGUUCACAUCCGGUGGUGACGACGUUCAACGGCGCUACCAACUGGACGACGACGUCCAUUAACCGAUCCGCGGGGGUGGACCAGCAGUCGGUGAACAAGACUGCCACGGCGGGCGCGGGGAGUACCGCGGUUCCGGCCACCAAUCAAACGGAUCAGUCCUGGUCGUCGGCGGUCACGACCACCGCGACGAAAACGGGCACGCACUCGAGGGUGUCCGGUACCGAGGUAACGGCGACCGCGACCGCGGUGACAAACACGAGCAGUUCGGCCGGCGUGUCGUCAUCUGGUGGCAACGAAAAGUCAACCGGAACUGUGGUCAUCACCACAAGCACUACCAGCACCUCGACGCACUCGACAUCCUUCGACGGCGACAAGCAGACGAACGUGAAAUCGGGCGGCGGCGUGAGCGGCGGUGGUUACGAAUACGGCGGCGGCAACCGUUACGGCGGCGGUUACGACGAACGCGAUGGCGAAACGAUGAUGACCACGCCAAACGUGGUGUUCGGCGGCGAUCAUUUCCCGCCGGCGGCCAAACCGACGCCGCCCAAGCACGUCGAGCCGCCGAUCAACACGAAGGCGGCCGAAAGCACGGCGUUCGUAGUGCUCGUCACGGCCGCCACGCUCAUCAUCAUCGUGCUCAUCAUACUGCUCGUGCUCAAGGUCAAGUACAGGACCGACACGAACAGGUACAAGAUCGAAAUGCCCAAAGCUUACUGCGCGCCCGUCGAACAGGGCUCGGACAGGGGUGGCCUGUGCCAACAGCAGCAGCAGCAGCAGCACCAUCUGCACCAUCAGCAGCAGGCCAACCUGCUGUCGCCGGGCAACUAUCCGUCGUCGGCGCAGUCGUCGCCAACGUACGCGCACAACAACUUCAGGCCGCACAGUGGCGGAAGCGGUGUCGGUGGAAUCGUCGGAGUGAGCAACAAGCCGAAGAAGAGACAGGACGUCAAGGAGUGGUAUGUGUGA